UUAAACUUGGGAAAACAGAGACGUGUCCAGUAACACAGAUGCGUUAAAACAUGCAAACCAAUUGUCUCCUAACACAUACAUAUCCCUUAUGAUUUUCUGUAUGGUUCAUUGUAAGAGUUAAAGCGGGUUAAAGAAAACGGUAUGUUCCGCGGGGAAGGAAAGAGACUUAUUUUGAGAGGAGCUGAGGACUGACUGCCCAUGGUGGAUGGGCGGAGCAGCAAGCAUGCGCUGAGCUGGCAGAGCCGGGGCUAGUCUGCUGCGCGCGAGGAGAGGGAGAUCACGGGCUGGCUCGGGUCCUCUCAGACGGACGCGGGGAGACCACCUUACCAAACACGUCUCCUUGAGGACUAAAUAGGCGAGAACAGAAAAGAGCAAGAGGGAGAGUGAGAGACAGGGAGAAAUAGAAGAAUAGAAAGCUAUAAGGACAACACCUCCGUUUGUAACCACAGGGAGUCGGCAUCUGGAAACAUAACGAGCGAAGAAGACCCCCCCCCCCCCUCGCGACAUCUCUCGGCUCUGUAUCUCCCAGCGCACCCCUCCUAUAGCCUACUCCCUGGAGAACGACCACCCAUUGAACACCCUAAUUGACCAGCGUUGCCAUUAAGCGAUGCACUUUGAAUCCAAGACGAAACCGAACGCGUAAUUUUUAUGCACAUUUUACAACCAGUGAUCUUAAUUUUCCAAAACGGAACAGUUUAGACUAUGGAUACAGUUUAGGGUGUUUAGCCUAAAAUGAACGGGUUUCUGGCGACGAGAAAUGAUCUCAUCCCCGGUAACUGACAUCAACACUAUACUAUUAUCUCGUAUUGCUUGUGAAAGAAUCUUAUCGUCUUCGUUUUAUUCCAUUUUCUUUUUCAAACCAAUGGUCUGGGAACGGACCGCCUCACUCGACACAUACUAUUGUAUUUAGACGUGUCAGCUUCCUUUAGUGCUUUGAACGAGGACAACAUUACAGAAUUGCAAGGAGAAAUUGCCAUCGAGAGGCUUUUGCACAAACAUACGGAGUGGAAAGUUUGUUGCCGGAGAGGGAAUACAUCGGAGACAUCUCGGCCAUAUCCACGGGAUUUUUCCCUAAGGUGGGAGGUCCGUGGGCUGCAGCCAUGCUGUCCCUGGACGAGCCAUUGGACCUAAUGCUCCCCCGGGGGUGUGUCAACGGGCGGGACAGGGGUGCACGGCCACCCCCCACCCUCACGCGCUCUCCGAUACCCUUCAAGCGCGCCCGGCAGCUCCGCAUGGCUGAUGAUGGCACAGCCGUCAUAGUGCCCGCUUCCCCGGCCUCGCCACACACAGGUGUGCUGGUGGUCUCCCGGGAGAGGCCAGAGACACCCCCCACCCCGCCAGCCGUGGACCUCAGUACGUCCCCCUCCUCCCGCCACACCUCCAGCUCCCCAGAGAUGACCAACGGAAACGGGGUCUCCCACCACAUCAUUGCAGGGGACUCAGCUCACAUCCAUUAUGUGGAGAGCAGAGCCUCCUCGCAGGCCUUCCAGUUCUUCGUGCCGAUUGGUGCUGGGUCCGGACUCCACCUGCCGUCAUCCAUGUUCAUUGGCCAGCCCAACGACAAGCGGGCCUCUCCCGAUCUCUCAGCAGACGAACAGCUGGCCUGUCGCUGGAGGAAGUGCCAUCUUCUCUUUGAGUCCCUGCAAGACCUUGUGGACCACGUCAACGACUUCCACGUCAAACCUGAAAAGGAUUCUGGGUACUGCUGCCACUGGGACGGCUGCGCUCGCAGAGGGCGGGGCUUCAACGCUAGGUACAAGAUGCUUAUCCAUAUCCGUACACACACCAAUGAGAAGCCUCACCGCUGCCCCACCUGCAACAAGAGUUUCUCUCGUCUGGAGAACCUCAAGAUACACAACCGCUCACACACAGGUGAGAAGCCCUACAUCUGUCCAUACGAGGGCUGCAGCAAGCGCUACUCCAACUCCAGCGACCGGUUCAAGCACACGCGCACCCACUACGUGGACAAGCCCUACUACUGCAAGAUGGCUGGCUGCCUGAAGCGCUACACAGACCCUAGCUCCCUCCGUAAGCACAUCAAGGCCCACGGCCACUCUGUAGCCCAGGAGCAAGGCUCUCCGGGUGGGCUGAGCUCCCUGCUCAAGGUGGGUCCCCUGGGGGUGGGGAUGGGUGGAAGAGGGGGUAAGCUGGGGGAGUCGGAGCUGAGCUACAUCAGUGGGGCCCAUAUCAUCAUCCCCAGCGCCGCUGCCGCUCUCCUGGGGGGCCACGCUCUGCAGGGCCUGGCGGGCUCCAUGCCUCUAUCCCCCCUCGCCCCCCGGCCCCUGGACCUGAGCACGCUGGGCGGGUGCCCCAGCUCCCCGUGCACCACCUCCAUCCUGUCCUUCAAUGGUUCUCCUCUGAGCCUGGCCACCAAGUCGUCCCUGGGGCUCUCCCCGGCCUUCCCCUCCUCAGCCCUGGGGCUGGGGCCCACCAUGGUGCCCGUGUCCCUAGGAGGAUCCAUGGGGUCGUCCGUCUCAGAGCGCAGGGCCCACCACGGGUGUCACCACAAGGGGAAAAUUGGGGGGGAGGAGGGGAAGGACAAGCUUCAUCGUGGGGGGGUGCUGAACCUCUCCACGGGGGCCUCCCACGACCCCCUGUCCUGGGUGGUCAUCCCCUCCGGCACGGUUGUGCUUAAGCCAGCUGUGGUCAACUAACAUACACGCACACGCACACGCA